GCGGGAAGCUGGUCUUCAUGAAGACGCAGAGUGUUUGUGACACAUGCACGGUUCGUCUGCAGGGAGCGACCACGGCCAGCAAGCAGCAGGAGGAGGAGGAGGAGGGGGAGGAAGAGGACGAGGAGGCCCGGCCCGCCGCCUUCAUCUGGAUGCCAUCAAGGAGCGAGAAGAAGAGCCACUGAAGGAAUUUCAGGAUGAUUUCCCAGUGAUGCAUCCUGAAUCCUGAAAGGAUGACCACAGAUGAUGCUUCUGGAUUUCUACAUUGGUAUAGGAACACAUAUACAAGAUUGGAAAUAUGCAAAGACGAUUCCGUGUUGGAUUAGAGGACUUGGGAAUAUGUUUUUACCGAGAAUCUCCCAGCACUGUUGUCAUGGGCCCUGACAGAGAUGUGCUGUUGGCUCACCUGGCCCAAGCAGGAACACAUGCACUUGGAUCUUUUCCCCGGGAUCUGUUUGUUUGUUUCAAAAUGGAGUGAGUUCUUUGUCUCUCUCGUCUGUGGCUUGCCUGGAAAAUAAGCAAUCAAAACAACACCAAAAAAGACGGCCCAGAGGGGCACCUACUGUAAAUGAAUUGUGGGUGGGGUCUACUUUGAACACUGAGGUGUUGGUUGAGUCAGCCUCAAUGCACGCCGGGAGUGACUCGGUCUGACCCCAUCAGACCCCCACACCUUGAUCCCUCCUUCCCAGGUUUGACCUUGCAGUGACUUUUGACCUCUCCGGUCCUGGCUCUCCACCUGCUCUGCUGCCUGGGUUCUGGAACGCUCCGCCCUGGGGCCCAGAACGAGCCAAUCAGGAUGAAGAAGAGUCGUAGCGUGCUGUCGGUGACAGGAGAAGAGGGCGAUGACACAGACAUAACGGUUGCAGGGGAGAAGGCAGAGUCGCCACGCUACAGCCGAUCCUACACGUCUGGGGCCACGUUGGGGGCGGAGCUACGCAGGGGGAGGAGCAGGAGACUGUCAUCCAGUCUACAGGUUCCCUGCUGGCUCCGCCCUCGCGACCGCACUCGUUCACCAGAGGUCAUUGGCAAUGUGUCGCGUCCCACUACGCUCCCCCUCCGCAUCCCGCCGCGCAUCUCCAUCACGCAAGCCGACGCCGACAGCUAUGAAGGAGAAAAUGGCGUAUCCCCCGCUCACACGCCACUGGGCUUGCAGAGUCCGGGCCUCACCCUGCAUACGUCCUUCCCUCAAAGCCAGAGGAGGGAGUCCUUCCUCUACCGGUCGGACUCAGACUACGAUAUGUCGCCCAAGACGGUUUCGCGGAACUCAUCUCUGGCCAGCGAAGGGCACACAGCAGAGGACUUCAUCGUUACUCCUUUUGCUCAGGUUCUGGCCAGUCUGCGAUCAGUGCGAAGCAACUUCACCAUCCUCGCCAAUGUCUCCACUCCCACAGUCAAGAGGUCACCACUGAGUGGCAUGUGUGUCAGUCCCAGGGCCACGCUCUCGGACCAGCAGUACCAGCAGCUCGCCUUGGACACGUUGGAAGAACUGGACUGGUGUUUGGACCAGCUGGAAACGAUCCAGACGCACCGCUCGGUCAGCGAGAUGGCAUCCAACAAGUUCAAGAGGAUAUUGAACAGAGAGCUUUCCCACCUGUCUGAGAUGAGUCGUUCAGGCAAUCAGGUGUCAGAGUACAUCUCCAGCACCUUCCUGGACAAGCAAAACGAAGUGGAGAUCCCAUCUCCGACACUGAAAGACAAACCAAUGAGUCAUAUCAGUGGUGUGAGGAAGCUGUCCCACAGCUCCAGCCUGUCCAGCGCCUCCAUGCCUCGCUUCGGAGUUAACACAGAUCACGAGGAUGAGCUUGCCAAGGAGUUGGAAGAUUUGGACAAGUGGAGCUUCAACAUAUUCCAAGUUGCCGAAUUGUCCAACAACAGACCUCUUAGCUGCAUCAUGUAUGCCAUCUUCCAGGAGCGAGAACUGUUGAAGACCUUCCGCAUCCCUGUAGACACCUUUGUCACUUACGUGAUGACCCUGGAAGACCAUUACCAUGGCAACGUGGCGUACCACAACAGCCUUCAUGCUGCAGAUGUCACGCAGUCUACACAUGUACUGCUCUCCACGCCUGCUCUUGAUGCUGUUUUCACCGACCUCGAGAUCUUCGCCGCCCUUUUCGCUGCAGCCAUCCACGAUGUCGACCAUCCUGGAGUUUCCAAUCAGUUUCUCAUCAACACCAACUCCGAGCUGGCCCUUAUGUACAAUGACGAGUCUGUUCUGGAGAACCACCACCUGGCUGUGGGCUUCAAGCUCCUCCAUCAGGACAACUGUGACAUCUUCCAGAACCUCACCAAGCGGCAGCGGCAGAGUCUUCGCAAACUCGUCAUCGAUAUUGUUUUGGCAACAGACAUGUCCAAACAUAUGACCCUGUUGGCUGAUCUGAAGACCAUGGUCGAGACUAAAAAGGUCACCAGCUCUGGUGUGUUGCUGCUGGAUCAUUACAAUGAGCGGAUUCAGGUCCUAAGGAACAUGGUGCACUGCGCCGACCUGAGCAAUCCUACCAAGACCUUACCGCUAUAUCGACAGUGGACAGAGAGGAUCAUGGAGGAGUUUUUUCGCCAGGGUGACAAGGAGAGGGAGCGUGGCAUGGAGAUCAGUGCCAUGUGCGACAAACACACUGCCUCUGUGGAGAAGAGCCAGGUGGGUUUCAUUGACUAUAUUGUCCACCCGUUGUGGGAGACAUGGGCCGAUCUGGUGCACCCGGACGCCCAGGAGCUUCUGGACACAUUGGAGGAGAACCGGGAGUGGUACCUCAACACCAUGCCUCAGUCUCCAUCCCCACCACCGGACAGGCACCACCUGCAGCACGACCGCUUCCAGUUUGAGCUCACACUGGAAGACCUGGAGCACAACAAUCACAACAAUGGGCACACCAGGAGCAGCACUGGAUGUGGGCGGGCCUCCCGCGGCCAGAGAACCCCCUGCCAUGGUGGCCAAGCUGACAGGGAGGAUGAGAAGAACCACAACAGCAAGCAGAAUGGAGUUUGUGAUGAUGGAGAGGAGGAGGAGGAGGAAGGGGAGGGGGAUGAAAAAACUGCAGAGCAGCAGCUAGAAGAUGCAGUAAGUGAAGACAAUGCUGGAGGGGAAAAGGAACAGGGGGAUGAGGGUGAAGGGGAAACUGAAGAUGGAGUGCCAGAGGACAAGAAGGAAAGAGGUGAAAACCUGCACGGAGAGAUGAAUGAGAAUGCCGGAACAGGGAUUGUGGAGGAAGAAGAUGAGACACAAGAGAAAUUGGAAGAGCGGAAAGAAGGGAAUGAGGAUGAAACAGAGGGGAAAGUGGAGGAAGAAGACGAGACACAAGGGAAUUUGGAAGAGCGGGAUGAAGGGAAUGAGGAUGAAACAGAAGGGAAUGUGGAGGAAGAAGACGAGACACAAGAGAAUUUGGAAGAGCGGGAAGAUGGGAAUGAGGAUGAAACAGAAAGGAAUGUGGAGGAAGAAGACGAGACACAAGGGAAUUUGGAAGAGCAGGAUGAAGGGAAUGAGGAUGAAACAGAAGGGAAUAUGGAGGAAGAAGAGACACAAGAGAAUUUGGAAGAACAGGAAGAAGGGAAUGAGGGUGAAACAGAAGGGAAUGUGGAGGAAGAAGAGACACAAGAUAAUUUGGAAGAGCAGGAAGAUAGGAAUGAGGGUGAAACAGAAGAUAAUGUGGAAGAAGAAAAUACAGAAGGGAAUUUGGAGGAGCAGGAAGAGAGGAAUGAGGAUGAAACAGAAGGGAAUGUAAAUGAUGAGGAACAGGAAGAGGGGCAUGUGGAAGAACCAGAAGAAGAGAAUGGGAAGGAGGAGGCAGAGGGGAAUGUGGAGGAGGAAGAUGGCAAUGUAGGUGAGGAGAUGGUAAGUGUAGACGAGGUUGAAGAGGAAGAAGAGGAAGCAGAGACUAAGGAGCAAGUGGAGGAGGUGGACGCAGAAGAUGAGGCGAAAGAAGGGCUGGAAGAAGAAGAAGAAAAGGAUGGAGAUGCAAAGGAGGAAGAAGAGAGUUAGUGACAUCCAAACCUAACAGGGUCAAACAAGAAGAUACAGAUGUUACGGUGCACGAGCAAGGGUCAGCCUAUCAACCUUAUGCUCCACCCACCUGACCAUGUGACAAUGCACAGUGAAAGGUCAGAGUUUGUGAGAUUUGCACUCACCUCAGACUCCAGUGGAGCAGAUGCUUGGUCAGGACCUCAGCAAGCAGAGGCACGAAAAGGGUUGAACCUAUUUUAUUGACCUUUUCAAAGGGUCACAAAGUAACACAUUCAUGCAAAUAAGUUUGUGCCUGUUCUCCCGAGCUCACUAACUAUACUUCCCAUUGUCUUCUGUGUCGUUCUAUGAGGAAGAUGCCACAUGGGACAUCCAGACCACACAAAACUUGUUCUGUUUGUCCUAAAACAAAAAGCAAAAAAAUGUGAAAUCUGUCGUCUUAUUUUUACACUUGUAAAGUGGAGCAGUACUGUCAAGAAGAACAUGUGUAAACAAAUAAUAAUUUGCAGGCAAGUGAACACCCUGUACCCACAGGUCGGGCGGCAGGGCAAAUUGUGCCAAAGUGAGCCACUAGCAGCAACAAGACAAGCAAUGCAUUGUGGGUCCAGGCUCAAGGUGUGACGGUCUUCCACAAAUCCAAGUUUUGUAAAAAAAAAAAAAAAAAAAAUUAUAAUAAUAAAAAAAGAUGGUUUUGGCACUUUAUCACCCACUGUUACAUAUAUGUACAUAGCAAACAUGUAUUUUAAUCUCAAGAUGUCAAAAUAAAUAUGAUCAAUCCAGAUGACUUUUUCUAUUUUUCUGCGUCUCAAAAAGUGAAUUGUAACUUGAAGGUUAAAUGAAUAAUUGGCUGCUUUUGCUCCAGGGCUUUCCCUUCAGUUGUCGAGUGUAAUUCACUUAACACCCAGUGAGGUUUAAGUCCAUAGAACAAAAUACAACUGUGUGGCAGUGGUUGAAAUAACAUAAUUAAAUAUGUUAUUUAAAAUGAAAUAACAUUUUAAACCUGGUUGACAUAUCAACAAUCUUUGAUUACGGGGAGUUGUCUUGAGUGUUUAUGUUUUCCUCAUUCUAUGUGAUAGUGAUUAAACAUAAACUGAGAAUGUUGGGACCACUAAAAAUAAUCCAUUACUUUCUACUAAACAAUUAGUUUGUAGUGCUAUAAAUAGUUAUUAGUUUAACGCAUGAACAGAUUAAACCAUUUUAAAUUGGUAACACUCCUUUGGUUUUGAUUUAUUCAGAUCGAUGGCAGCAGACAAGCCUUGAGAUAUACAGUAUCAUUGGGCAAGUUUACAUAAUAUCCAAACCAUAUAUAAUUCCCUAAAAAUGUCUUAAUAGACCUCCUCCUUAUGGCAUGUUGUGAAUAUGAAAUGUAACAAAUGCA